AUGAAACACAUAACCGAUCUCAGUGCAAUACCGACAACCGUUCAUCACUAUCCUUCAAGCUUGAAAGAAGAAGAUGCUGGCAAUUCACCAUUAUUGAUCUUCAUUCCGGGAAACCCUGGUGUCAUUGAAUAUUAUAAAGAGUAUUUCGAAUCUUUACAAAAGAAUUGGCCAUCACUUGAGAUCUUGGGUAUAUCUCAAGCAGGUCAUGAUAUACCUACUUCAUCAACAAACCUAGAACAAUUCCAAAAAGUAUUUACAUUAGAAGAUCAAAUUGAACAUAAAGUUCAAAUCAUUGAAAAUUUUUUAAAUUCAAAACAUGAUCGUAAACUUAAUACAGAUCUUUCAAAUGAUAAUCAACAACUUGUCCAUGCAGGAACAAUCAAAGGACGACAUGUACAGGAUGUUUUCAUUAUGGGACACUCUGUGGGUUCAUACAUGAUGGAAAGAAUUGUGGUACGAUUAUUAGACAAGGUGAAUUUUAAAUUUAUUGGAUUUCUUACACCAACUAUAAUUGAUAUACAUAAAUCUGAUAAAGGUAACAAAUUAUUCCCAAUUGUUAAACUUAUUCCAUCAUUUAAUAGUCUAGUUUCAACUUUUAGUCAUAUAUUGAAAUGGAUUCCUGAAAGGAUAAGGGGGUUUUUACUUGGUCAAAUUUUAAACAAUCCACCAAAACAUGCCUUCAAUGCCACUUCUGGAUUUAUUUCUAAACCUCAACAGAUUAAACAAUCCUUAGGUUUAGCAACUGAGGAAAUGUAUGUUAUUCAAGAUGAUUGGGAAUAUUUCCUCAAUUUUUCAAAAUCAACUAGAACUAUACCUAAAUGGUUUUAUUUUAGUAAUGUGGAUCAUUGGGUUAAUAAUGAAACUCAAAAACAAAUAACUGAAAAGCUUCUAGAUGAAUCAAAUGUUAAAGUUGAAAAUAGUGAUCAUAUCAUCCAUAGUUUUUGUAUUCAACAGAGUGAAGAAUUUGCAGAUAUUACUAUUAAUGCUUUAAAAGAGUUGUACAAAUAA